UGACAGAUCACUCGUUCAAACGCAACCCAUGCAUACCUUUCAUAUACAGAUUUGAAUUCUGACGGCAUGUAUGCCUGUGAAGUGAGCACUGAAGGUCCGUCCUUCUCCACCAUCAGAAGUGAGCGACUAAUGAAAGUUUACGCUUUACCACAAGAAAACCUGCAGAUAGAGGGCAAAGAAGUUCAAUACGAUGUUAACGACAAGAUUAAUCUGAGCUGUAGGUCCGGGGAUGGGAGGCCUCUUCCACAGCUUUCCUGGUAUAUCAAUGACAAUAUGGCAUCAAGCGAUCAGUUAAUGAUUUAUCCGCCGAAAACAAACGCAGACGGACUGCAGAGCACCAAAUUAGGGCUCGUAUUCCGGGCCACUCCUAACUACUUUCAUCGGGGAGUGUUGAGGUUGCGCUGCACGGCUACCCUCACUCUGGUCUACGACUUCGAGGCAGUCGAGUAUGUGGUCAGCGGAACCGUUAAAAACAAGACAUAUUUGACACCACAUAAUAAAGAUGCUGUGUAUACAAAACUGUUGGCAAAGCCAAUGAUGCAGAGCUUAAAUAAAUUGAGCCAGGUUGGUUUUGAAGUUCCGUCGGCCGUAGCGAAGGGACAGCCGAUAGCACUGCACUGUAACUUCGACCUGGAAGGGGAUGAGCUCUACUCUGUGAAGUACUAUAAAGAUUACGUCGAGUUUUAUCGAUAUUUGCCAACCGAUGAGCCCCGACCCGCACAAAAGUUUAAGCUUAAAGGAGCUUAUGUUGACGACAACUACUCGGGAGACGUAAUGACUGCCAUCCCGAGAGCGCACAGUUGGGUGGAGUCGCUGGAGAUGAGAAGGAAAGGGAGAGAGAGAAUACUAGUGCCUAAAAGUCAGAUUAGCCUGAUAUCUGAACACACCAUCGAAAUGUUGUUCAAAGAGACUCAUCGCACGAUAUUUUUCACGUCACCACUCAAUCCUUUGCGCGUUUAG